CUUGUUUAGGGUGGAUUGCCCAUCUGGAUUGGCGAUUAGCGACCUAGACCUGUUUCAUGGCCUUGCUGAUCCGGGUUUUUAAACAUUGGCUUCCACUGAUGCCACCCUAGAUGCAUGGUGCAGAUCCCACCUCGUGUAAUUUAUAACAACCACUCGUUUGAGAAAUAUUUUCCCAAAAGGAAUCAACCACUAUUGAGAUCAAUUUCCUGAUGGUCCUUAUCCAAAUCCUAUACCUUGAUUAUCUAUCCUCAGAGGUUUGAGCUCCAGGCCAACUAUACAAAAGAGAACACAAGAAGUAAAGUGGUCCUCAAUGAUCAAAACAUUUUCCAUUGUUUCAGGGUAGAGAGUGUGAGAAAUAACACCGGUGCUUAUGCUGUCACUCCAUGUUUGGGAAUUCAAAUAGAAGUCUAACCCCCACUUCCUCCACUCUUCUACCAGCCAUCCCACUAAUCAGGCUUCAAUGAACCCUGCUGCGAAACCACAAUCAACUAAGCUAAAUCUCUCCUCUUUCCAUCCCACUCAUGGCCUCUUACAUGGCCAUCAACCUAUGUUCACUACUUUGAUUACCGGUCUCCUCUCCUUUCUACUCCUCUUACUCCUCUAUCUCCACCAUUCCAACAAGUCAGGCAGCAAAAUGAAGCGACCACCUGGUCCUUCAGGUCUCCCCAUCAUCGGUAACCUCCACCAACUAGGUUCCUUGCCGCACCGCUCCCUAGCCCACCUUGCCAAGAUCUAUGGACCCUUCAUGCACCUUCAAUUGGGCCGAGUCAGCACUUUGGUAGUCUCCUCUCCAAAGAUGGCCGAGCUGGCCAUGAGGACCCAUGACCAUGCCUUGUGUAGCAGGCCCAUCCGUGCGGCCACCAACCACCUUACCUACAACAGCACAGAUGUGGCCUUUGCACCAUAUGGACCAUAUUGGCGCCACGUAAGGAAGAUUUGCAUCCUGGAGCUCCUCAGCUCAAAGAGGGUCCAGUCGUUCCGGAAUGUGAGAAAAGAGGAAGUGGGGCGCCUCGUCGACUCGAUCUUUGUAUCCUCCAAAGCUAAAGCUCCUGUCAACUUGAGAGAUGUGUUUCAUUUUCUCACUAACAAUGUGGUAUGCAGAGUUGCACUUGGGAAGAGUUAUUGGGAGGACGAGCCGGAGUUGAAGGAGAUAUUGAAUUCUUCCCGGCCAUUGACUAGUGGCUUCUUUGUCGGGGACUUCUUUCCAUCAUUGGAGUGGGUGAAAUAUUUGACAGGGUUUCAAAGGAGGUUGGAGAAAAACUUGAGGCAAAGGGAUUCUUUCCUUGAGAGAGUAAUCGCUGAGCACCUUCUUCCUACUCAUAAGAAGGAGAAGAAGGACUUAGUGGAUGUACUGCUAGAGCUCCAAAAAGAGGGCACCCCUGAUUUCACUCUCUCUAGAGAUAACAUCAAGUCUGUUGUUAUGGACAUGUUUGCAGCUGGGACAGCUACCACUGCGACAGUACUAGAGUGGGGAAUGUCUGAGUUGAUAAAGAACCGAUCAGCAAUGAAAAAAGCCCAAGACGAAGUACGAGGGAUAGCUAAAAGCAAUAACAAAAGCAUGAUAGAAGAGAAAGAAUUGCAACAGCUCCAUUACCUGAAAGUAGUGGUGAAAGAGAUCUUGCGAUUGCACCCUCCAGCUCCAUUGUUGAUUCCUCAUGAAUCGAUCGAGGAUUGCGACAUAGAAGGCUACUUUGUCCCUUCAAAGACCACAGUUUUGGUGAAUGUUUGGGCAAUUGGGAGGCACCCAGACUCGUGGGUAGAUCCAGAAGAGUUUAGACCUGAAAGGUUUAUAGGUAGUAAUAUUGACUACAAGGGCCAAGAUUUUGCGCUGAUACCAUUUGGGGCAGGGCGAAGGGGAUGCCCUGGAAUUUCCUUUGCAAUGGCUAUUUUAGAGCUUGCAUUGGCCAAUCUCUUGCUUUGCUUUGAUUGGGCAAUGCCUGAUGGAAUGAAUAAUGAGGACCUAGACAUGACAGAAGGUUCAGGGCUCUCUGCGCUCAAGAAAACUCCCUUGCUGCUAGUGGCAACUCGACAAGCACUUGAUAGUAACAGUAAUGGCGAUUGGUAACGAUUUUUGUGUUCUUUUCCAACUCUUUAGUAUUGCUAAUUUUCCCUCUGCUCCUGUUUGGUUCUCUGAGAAUGUGACAUGUGGGGAAAUGUGUAUUGAGGAAUGCGUAUCUCCUAGAAUUAGCAUUUCUUAAAAGAUUGGUAUACGUUGUUUGGAUGGUAUCUGGCAUAAACUUGGAAGAUGAAUCUUCAUCGUUUGGAUUGCUUGGCAG